UACUGCGUGAUAUAUGGUAGUAGAAGCGCCUGUUUUGAAUACACAAGUAGACGAUCCUUCUCAUCCUCUUCACCAUCAUCGACGUAUUGUGACUGAUUUCGAGUAUGGAGAUAUAUUAGGCGAAGGCUCUUAUUCAACAGUACUUGUUGGUAAGGAUAAAAAGACAGAAAAGCUGUAUGCAAUCAAAAGGUUGGAUAAAGCACAUAUUGUCAAGAACAAUAAGGUCAAAUAUGUGAUGAUUGAACGAGACGCAUUAAGCAAGAUGAACCAUCCUGGUAUUGUCAAGCUAUAUUGGACCUUUAAAGACAACCAAAGUUUAUAUUUCGUAUUAGACUUGGCAAAAAAUGGUGAAUUAUAUACUUAUAUCAGAAGACUUGCACCAUUUGAUUUGAACAUAGCCCAACAUUAUGCCGCAGAGAUUUUAUUGGCUAUUGAACAUAUCCAUCAUCAAGGAGUCAUUCACAGGGACAUCAAACCUGAAAAUAUACUAUUAGAUGAUAACAUGCAUAUCAAAAUAACUGAUUUUGGUUCAGCAAAGAUACUAUCCGAUCAACAACAACAACAACAAGUACAGGAUGAUUCAGAAAGUACAAGAUCAUUUGUGGGAACAGCAGAAUAUGUCUCACCCGAACUACUUUCAAGUGAACCAGUAUCGAAAGAGGCAGAUUACUGGGCUUUUGGGUGUGUUAUCUAUCAGAUGUUAUCUGGAAAAUCACCUUUUAAGGCACCUACAGACUAUCUUAUUUUUCAAAAGAUUAAGAAUUUAGAGUAUACCAUGCCAGACAACUUCCCAGAGGUAGCCAAGGAUAUCAUUCAACGGCUACUCGUGAAAAACCCGAGAGAACGGUUAGGAGCAGGAGGAAAUAUUGACGACAUAAAACAACAUCCAUUCUUUGAAAACAUCGAUUGGAACAAUCUUUUUAUAGAACCCAGCCCAUAUGCUUACUUGCGAGAGAAACUGGCCGAAGAGUUACGAAAAAACCCACCACCACAAGUGGACGACGUCUGGUUUAACCAGGACGAAAAUGAUCCUUUUAGUGAUCCUCAGCAACAACAAUCUUAUCCACCAAGCACAUACUCACCGCCUCAUCAUCAUCGUCACCAUCUUAGCCAACAGUCGAGUCUUACGCGUAUCUCUUCAUCAUCGAAUAAAGAGGAUAAACAUGUGGUAGAGAGAAUAGGAGAACAAUCACAUCCACUAUGGUAA